UAACAGUUGGUAUAUUAAUGAGCUCAGAGAUUCUUUUUUUCCUUCAAUUUUGAAUUUACUGCGUUUGAAAAUGGACUCUUAGAGCCGAAAACUUGAUAAAACACUUUAUCUUCAUGAGUGGAGAACAUCUUUAGAUAAUUACAUUAUAUUAAUAUUCAAGAGUUUUGGAAUAGAAAAAAAUAUAAACUUUCUAAUGGGACAGAAAAAUUUUCUUUAAUUUUUUUUCCUCUUUAAUAUUUCAAUUUCGAAGACUAUUUUUUAAUUGUAGGUAUUAUUUGUAAGUUUUUUUUAAAUUUUAUUUUGAUAAAAAACAGAUUCGUAAUGAUUUCUCUGAGAGGGAUAUAUGAACCUGUUUUGUGUACAAUGCACCCGACUGCUGACUUCUUUGUUCAAGAAGUGGGAAGAAAAUGAAGGUGAAGAUGAGAGAAUGGCCUCUACUUUGAUUUUAAGCUAAAGUCAAGGUGCAUCCGAGCGCGUUGGUACCGGAAGUUAAUGAGCGCGUUGAAUGCUUUUGAGGGCGUUUGGAGGGCACAUUCGAAGCGUCACUUACCAACCAUCAACCGGAACACGAUUUACCUUCAGUACUUAUGCAGCGAGCUCAUCGACAUGAAUGUAACAAUGCUGGCGACAGUGAAUAACUAAAAUGAUAAUAAUAAUAAUAACAAAAAUAAUCAAAUCACAAUCAGCUGCUAUAAAAGGGCGCAGCCUUUUUUUUAGCCUCAAUUGUAAUGAAGCGUAAAUUGAAAAAAAUGUCGCCAGGAUACACAUUCGAGGUUUGCAAGCAGCUUCAGGGUGCUGACCAACAAAUUCAAGACUAAAAGAAAGCAUCUUCGAAGUUGAUUUAUGCAGACAACAAUAAAACCUUCACUUGGAUUGGAGGGAAAGGUUUUUCAAAUUCAGGAGAAACGAAUGAUCAUCAAUAUCGUCAACGUGAAGGGCCUCAAGUCCCAUUUGAGGGUUGAGUGCUGCUCCGUAGGAUGGCAGCACUUCACUGAAAGUCGAAUAAGGCCCUAUAUAGCGGAAAGGAAAGGGUCCUCCUUCAAUUCGUUUUUGCACACAAAAACCGGUCCAUUGGAGUCCUUUAGUUGCCGAAAUCUGCCUCGAGAUGACACCACUUUGUUGAAACUUGGGCAAAAAUCGUCGAAAAUGUUCGUUCACGACUUGACAGGUUUAGACAGGAUAGACAACAACCACAAAAUCAUCCAUCCGGAAACUACUUAUAUUACUUUGAAUCAUUCGUACAAUAAAAAAAAAAAAAAACUUUUAAACUUGAAUCAAAAUCCCACGAUUCAAUUCUCACCAUUUAUAUAUUAUGAGAAUGAGAAAUAUUACUUUUUUUCUUUUGAGGUUUCUUGUUGGAAAAAAAUAGAGCAGAAGAAAAAGAAAAGUGAAUUCUCAGUUGAAGAAUUUUUUAAAGGAGUAAUGAAUGAAUGAAUCGA